UUGAUUGCUUUUCUACAGGUGAAGACACCUGGAUCAGACUCGACAUCCGUCUACGACAACUGGAUUCGCUACUUCAACCGCACUAGCCCCGCCUACGGAGUCAUCCCCAAUGUGGGUUUUCUGACUGGGGCAGGAAGUGAUUACGCUGCCUUCAUCCACUUCCUAGGUAUCACCUCCAUGGAUAUCUCCUACACCUACGACAGAACCAAAACCAGAGCCAGAAUCUACCCAGCGUAUCACACGGCAUAUGACACCUUCGACUAUGCCUCCAAGUUCAUCGACCCAGGGUUCACCAGUCACCAGACGGUUGCCAGGACGGCAGGGAACGUCCUGAUGCGAUUGGCUGAUAGUCUUCUGUUGCCGUUCAACUGCAGUGACUAUGCAGAGACUCUGGAAGGAUACCUCAGUAAAGCCAUGGAGCUGUACACUGAUGGACUGGCAGCACAUAUGAUCUCUAUAGAGCCAUUACAGACUGCUGUGAGGAAUUUCCGUUCUGCUGCCUCCAGACUGGACCAGCUGAUCAGAGAUUCAGACUUGGCCAACGAGACGCCCCUGAAGGUGCGUAGGAUCAAUGACCAACUGAUGCUCCUGGAUAGGGCUUUCCUGGACCCUGUGGCGUUCCCUGAUCGAUAUGGAUACAGACAUGUGAUCUGGGCCUCCAGUAAGGCUGGACAGGCUACCUUCCCAGGACUGGCUGAUGCGUAUACCAGAGCUGCGUCGACUGGACUGGACAGCGACUGGAAAGAAGCACACCGUCAGCUGUCCAUCCUGAUCCAGGCCAUACAGGGAGCCGCUCACACACUGGGAGACGCCAUUCAGCCAGAACAUAGAGAUACUGAUAUAUGUUAUGAUAUUCAGUUUACAUAUAUAAUAAUAAAGUUUUAAUUAUAUUUCUGUGAAGAGACUGUCUCAUGGAAUGUCAUCCUAUGUGCAGUUGAAUUGGCUUUAGAUAGAAUGGAAAAUAACUUUCUUAUGAUGGUAAGGUCAGCCAUUUUGGUCAGGGAUUUGGUCAACCAUGGUUUAGCAGGCUGCAAAUACAUUUUGUACAUAAAUGCGCGAAUUGAAUGUGAGGCUGGGCUUUGCUGUGAUAAGAUUUUGUGUAAAAUAAUGAAUUUGAAGAAUUUAUCUUCCCUGUAUGUUUGUUAGCUAGCUAGCCAGACAGUUUUAGAGGAAUGAUUCCAUUAAUUGUUCAAAUUAACUGCCAAUAUUCCAACAUUCCAUUCAAACAAUGUAGCCAAUCCACAGCCAGACACUGUCUGACAU